AUGUGUAAACGAUGCCGCUCUUUCUUUUCCUCGUUGAAGAACUCUGAAGACUUCGAUGCGAGGAGAAAGGAAGAGGCGUUUAAGAAGCAAAAGGAGGAAAAUGUUUCGUCCGAAGUGUUUCCUUGGUCUUCUUUUGAAGAUGAUGAAGAUGAUGAUGAUUCGGACGAUGAUUCCGACGCGAUGAUGGGAAAAAGAAAAGUUCUGGUCGUGCUCGGAGGCGGCAUCGCGGGCGCGAAAUGCGCGGAAGAGUUACUCCGACUGACCGAGGAUGUUCCUUUGCAUCGUUACGAGAUCGUGUUGAUCGAAAAGUCAAAAGUUUUGAAGGGUUUCGAUGAAGAAACAGGGAUGAUGACCAGAACAACGGUUUUUUCCUCUCAACGAGAACAAAGAAGGAGAUUGCACGUGUUACGAGGAGAAGCGAUCAAAAUCGACGGCGAGAAACAAACGGUUACGGUGAGAAGAGUGGUGGAUAAUGAGGAUGAUGAGGACGAUAUUGAUGGCGAAAACAACAGCACCAAAGUUAAAGUUCGAGAGAUUCAUUUCGAUCAGAUUUGUUUCGCCGUCGGCGCGAGGCCGAAACGGUUGUCGGAAACGAUAUCGACUGAUGAUGAUGAUGAUGAUGAUGAAAACGACGAUACUAUCGUUAAGUACGUGCGAGAUACGGAGUCGGCGGAGGUUUUAAGCGACGCUUUGCGAGAGGCUUUUAAGAGAAGCAAAAACGGUAGUGGUAGUAGAUGCGGCGAGGAGGAGGAGAAAAAGGAAAAAUCGAAUACGAAUACGACGAGAAUAGUGGUUUCUGGGAACGGCGCGGUGGCGUUGGAGAUUAUCAACGCGCUGGACGAGUCAUUUUUGCAAAUGGUGAAUUCGUUUGUUAAGGCAGAGCUGGAACGCGCGGUUGGUGGUAAGAACCACCAUUACCACCGCCGCCGACGGAUGAUGAUAGAAGCCUUGAAGCGAAUGCAAGUCGUGUGGGUGGUGAAACACGAAUCUAUCGGAGACGCUUUAUUCGAUCGCGACGCGAGCGCGUUCUUAUUGGAGCACAGACGGGCGAGACGAGAAACGGCGCGACGUAAAAUUCUUGGCGAAAUAGAAGAAGCGCGGGUGAAGAGGGUGAAUAAAAACGACAACGGCGACUACCACAGCCGCCAGCGAGGAGAAAAAGAGGAAACGACGACGAUCAUUAAAAAGGAAAACGACGCAACGACUGAAAAACAGUUCACGUUUGACGAGAAGAUUUCAUAUCCGCGACGUCGCGGUGCGUUUGGCGCGACGUUGCGCGCGAAGACGUCCUCGGCUGGUCCCGAUUGGUUCAAACGCAUCAACGCGUCUUUGCAUUUUGAUGACAUUUUUGAUGACGAGAAAGAUGCGAUAGAAGUAAAAAUGAAAAGAAAAGAAGGAGAAGUAGUAGAAAUAGAUAACGAAGACGACGACAGAGAUAACGUCGAAGAGAAAGAAAACAACCAAAACGAGGAUUUAGACGCGUGCUUAACAUCCGUAGUGAACGUUCUGUUCGAGACGGACUGGUUGUCGAUUGAAACGAACUGCGAAAUCAAAGACGUCGUCCCUUUCGUCGAGAAUGGGUGUAAAAAUGCCACCGUGCACUUGACGAGCAAUACAUCAGUCUCUGACGUCGUCGUGGUUGCCGCGUGCGUUGGGGUCGAACCAAAUGGAUGCGAUUUGUUCGGAGACGAAGCUACCGCGAAGGAAACGUUUGGAUUCGUUAAAAGUGACGGGAACAACAACAUGUUUAUCACCGAUGGCAUGCGCGUCACGGAAACGUUCGAGCUCGAGUUAUCAAACAAACCAAACGUAUUCUUCGCAGCCGGAGACUGCGCGCUUUGCGAACGGCGAAACGAGGACAAAUCGACAAAUUGGUUCCAAAUGCGUUCGUGGUCGCAAGCCGCGCAAAGCGGCGCGCAGUGCGCGAGAUCGAUGUUACGAGUGGACGGCUACGAGUACGGAUUAGGUUUCAAUUUUGAGCUGUUCACGCACUCGACGACGUUUUUCGGCUUAAAAGUCGUCUUGUUGGGAAGCUUCAAUUUGCAAAAAUUUCUCCCGGAGGCGGACGAGAAGGACGUGAGAAUACUCUCGCGAAAGUUUAUCGACGACGACGACGCUAGUGGGACGAGCAACGACGCAGCGGGUAAAAACAAAGAAGAUGUUUUCUCCUCUUCUUUGUGCUCGAAUUCAUCGUUUAUUCGCGUGGUCACUUACAAAGGCAAAGUCGUCGGCGCCGUUCUCGUCGGCGAAACAAACUUGGAAGAAACGUUCGAGAACUUAAUCCAAGACAAAAUCGACGUCUCGCACCUCGAGAGCGACUUGUUAGACCCAGACGUGGACAUCGAAGACUACUUUGAUUAG